CCACCCUCUUUACUGACUGUAAGCACAGACGUAGCAGUGGUUCGAGGACCUGGCGAGUGAGCCCCGAACCGAGGAAGAGAAGCGUGUAAAGAAGUUAUGAUGGAGGUGUUGCGCUGUUUGGACACCGACUGGAACAACACCGAGCCGGAAGAGGCCACGAGCUAAAAACUCCCAGCAGGAACUUCACGGGAUUUUGUUUUCACUGCGUGUUUCUUCCCUCUGGAAAGUAAAGCCAAAGCAGGUUUGGAGAGCUCUUCCUGUUCCACAGCAAAUCGGCAGUUCCUAAGUUUUUCUUCUUUUCUUUUUUUUUUUUUUACUGUUAUGAUAAAGCUCGCCUGUCUGUGCGCUCCUCACAUCACCGUGUGCAUGGAUACUCUGGCGCAAUGGGAUGCGGGAUUUCCUGCGGGAGCGCCGCAAAGUUGCCGUCGGUUAUUGGACGUUUGGGCUCAAUAAUGCGAACUGGUGAGCGCUGAAACUUGUCGUAAAACACUGGUUGGCUGGACUGAAUGCUCCUUUCCUGCUAUUCUUCUCCGCUUCUCAGCGCUUCCUGCUUGUGGUGGCCACUGCACUUAAUGGCUAAAAAUACAUAAAAACUCAAAAUGGACAGCUAAAGAGUUGUGGGAGACUUGAUUUUUGGAGAAACUCUGGGAUUUUAUUUUAUUUUUAUUUUUUUUAUACUCCUCUACUCUUUGAAAUCAGAACUCAACAGGUGGCACUUUUUGAAUGAGGGAAGAGAGGAGCUCAUUUAGCCAUAAUGAGGUGAUUGGAGAGCCUCUUAAAUACAGGCCGGUGAAAUGAUAUUGUGCUCAAAGCAUGUGUUGGGAAACCACACACCACAUCACUUGAGCAGAGAGAAAUCCAGCGGAGUCGGCUGCUGUCUUUCUGAGCUUUGACGCGCUCAAACAAAAGCAAUCUCUCAGCUGAUUCUGUAAAUGGAGAGGCUUUGGGUAGGACGUGGAGACGAAUGAAAGACACCUGGCGUUCAGUCGUCUUUGAAUCCUCGCACUUGUUGGUCCAACUUUUGAAUACAUUUCAUUGGUCCCUGAUGAGCCAACAAGACAGACAGGAAAGGGAGCGAGGCGCAAUAAAGUACUCCUUUGUACUUUAUUUUCAAACCCUUGGGGUGCAAAAUCAGAUCCAGUCAAAACAUCUGCUUGAGGCUCCAUGGAGCCACUGAAGAACAUAUUCAGUCGUGGCCCGCUGUCGAACUGGAAAAAUUUGGAGCAAUCGCAAAAAGGGAACUUCACCAACCCUGUGUGGACGGCCCUAUUCGACUACGAGGCGUCCUGUAAGGAUGAGCUCACCUUGCGUAAAGGCGACCUGGUGGAGGUCCUCUCUCUGGACUCUGAGAUAUCAGGGGAUGAGGGCUGGUGGGCGGGGAAGGUCAACAACAAGGUGGGCAUCUUCCCGUCCAACUACGGCUCCUUCAAGCCGAGUGGAUACGGGAAGCUUCCGGGCAGCGGCGUGGUCGGCGAGCUCAGCCCGGCCGUGGUGGGCGAGUUCGAACCCGAGGCGGUGGAUUUCCGAGAGCUCAGCCUGGAGGAGGUCAUCGGGGUCGGCGGUUUCGGGAAGGUGUAUCGCGGUACAUGGAGAGGCGGGCUGGUGGCGGUGAAGGCCGCUCGGCAAGACCCCGAUGAGGACAUCAGCGUGACGGCGCAGAACGUGAGGCAGGAGGCCCGUUUGUUCGCCAUGCUCACCCACCCCAACAUCAUCGCCCUCAAAGGCGUCUGCCUGCAGGAGCCCAACCUGUGCCUCAUCAUGGAGUACGCCUCGGGUGGGCCGCUGAGCCGGGCGCUGGCGGGCCGUCGCAUCCCGCCGCACGUCCUGGUCAACUGGGCCGUGCAGAUAGCCAGAGGGAUGUUGUACCUGCACAGUGAGGCCAUCGUCCCCGUCAUCCACCGGGAUCUCAAGUCCAACAACAUCCUUCUGGCUCAGCCCAUAGAGAAUGAAUGUAUGGAGGGUUUGACGUUGAAGAUUACUGACUUUGGCCUGGCGAGAGAGUGGCACAAGACCACAAAGAUGAGCACGGCUGGCACCUACGCCUGGAUGGCCCCCGAGGUCAUUAAGUCCUCCACCUUCUCCAAGGGCAGCGACGUCUGGAGCUAUGGCGUUCUGCUGUGGGAGCUGCUAACAGGAGAGGCACCCUACAAAGGGAUUGAUGGACUUGCCGUCGCCUACGGAGUCGCUGUCAACAAGCUCACCCUGCCCAUCCCUUCCACGUGCCCCGAACCCUUCGCUCAGCUCAUGUCAGAGUGCUGGGACCAGGACCCCCACCGCAGACCCAGUUUCAGCUCCAUCCUGGCCCAGCUGACGGCGCUGGAGCAGCAGGUGAAGGAAGAGAUGCCGCAGGACUCCUUCCACUCCCUGCAGGAAGACUGGAAACUAGAGAUCCAGGACAUGUUUGAUGAACUCCGGGCCAAAGAGAAGGAGCUGCGAUGCCGCGAGGAAGAGCUGAAGCGAGCGGCUCUGGAGCAGAAGUCCCACGAAGAGUUCCUGCGGCAGCGCGAGCAGCAGCUGGCCCAGUGGGAGCAGGACGUGUUCGAGCGCGAGCUCAGCCUCCUCAUCCUCCACCUGAACCAGAACCAGAACCAGGAGAAGCCCAACGUCAAGAAGAGGAAAGGCACCUUCAAGAAGCACAAGCUCAAGUGCAAGAACGGCGAGAAGAUCAGCAUGCCCCAAGGUUUCAUCCAUAAGAUUACGGUGCAGGCGUCCCCGGGCCUGGAGAAGAGGCGGAACUCUCCCGAUUUGGGUUCGGGCUCCUCGCCUUCCUUUGGCCCACGUUUCCGAGCGAUCCAACUCAGCCCAAGUGACAGCAGCAGGACGUUUGGUCUGAGCCCAGUGUGGCCCUUAGAUUCCCCUUCUCUUAAACAAGCCAAUGGAGACCUGAGGUUGAGCUCCCACUGGAGGCCCCAGAGCCCAAAAAGUCCCAAAAGCCCUAAAGUCCUGCGCCUUAGUCCCCAGGAAAGCAGUCUGUCGAUGCGAGCCAAGCUCCUGGAAUCAGACAGCAAUGAGAAUGGAGAAUCCAAGGAAGACUUUGAGGAGUAUCGACCCUCCACACCGACCCCUGCCUCUGCUCAGAACGGCUCCUCAGUGAAGGACAGCCUGCGGCUUCCUCUACCUCAGGGAGACUCGGGCAGCGAGGAAGGGGGUUCCUCCCCAGCUGGCUCCCCAAGGCCUGAGAGGGGUUCUCUUGGUGGCCUGAUUAAGAGCACCCACCGGGCCCUGCUGGGCGGUGGCUCCCUCCUGGCCUCCGUAGGACUAGGCCGCUGCCUGGAUAUUCCCCCAAGGGUGCCCCCUCGAACUAACCCGCCUUACUUGGAUGACCGCACCCACUCCGAACUUGAGAUCUCCCUCCCUAAGCCCCUCAUUUCAGACCCCCCAGUAGUGGAUGAUCUUAUCACUUUCUCCACCUCUGAGCCUCUCCCCAGACCACUUUUGGAUUUAGCUCUGCAGUACCAAGAACUAAAGCCUUUGCCCCUGACGCCGCCUCCACCGAACCCUCGCGAGAGGAGCGGACAUCGGACGCUACAAACGCAGCACACGCCGCACAGUCCCCAGAGUCCCAGGCCCCCUUUGCAGCAGGACAGGGCCAGCCCAGGCGAAUGGACCCCCUGUUGUAAUUCCACAAACGGGGAGCUGAGCAGUGAUUCCUGGGAGCACAGAGCUGACAGGAGGAGGAGAUCCAGCCAAGGUCUGCACGCUUCUCAGCUAGUUUUGGACCUGCCCUUGUGCCAAGACACACAGGACUCUGACGACAAGCCAUCGGUGCCCUAUUCUCUCCACCCCAAUCCUGCCCUUUUGAGCCCCAAAACCCGCCGCCUGGAGGUCAGUGUCAUUCCUCGGCCCCGCCCAUCCCCCAUCCGCCCCCGCAUCGACCCCUGGAGCUUCAUCUCGGCCGGUGGUGGGAGCUCAGGUGGCGGCCGCAGCCCAAAUCGCUCAGACAGCAACCUCCUGUGCUACCAGCCAUCGCCUACCAACCCGUUUACCAACUGUGACCCUUUCCCCUCUCCGGACUGCGACCCAUUCGCCCUCAAGGCUGACCCUUCGAGCAACUCGGACGGCGCCUCACCCUUCGACCCUUUCUCUGCUCCCUUCCCCACCUCUCGCUCCGCCCCGUGCUCCACCAACGGCUCCCCGACGCUGCCCUCGUUCCGCAUAGCGCCCAUCAACCCGGCCGACUCGCCUCUCAUUGACCUCGGCUGGGCGGGCUGCAGCAAGCCCCUGGAUGGCACCAAAGAGAGGGCGCACCCCCGCAGGAUACUGGGGCUCAAGCCCUUCAAGUCCCCAACGCAACUCAGAGACGACAGGUUUUAAAUCCAGCCUCGCCUGUGGCACGUGGCCCAUUUCAUGAAUGGAUGCUAAGAACUGCGAUUUUUAUCACAGGAACACAGUCCAGGACCUUUUCCCACUACUAUGUCCAACAUCAUAACAAGGAUUUGGAGCACACACUCACCACUCAACCCGCUGAGUGAGGUUUCCCGCAUGGGAGCAUCAAUCAUCACAGGUCUUGUAUGUACACAAGCCUGCUGCUUUGGAAACCUGAAAGCCAGUGAAAGCCAGUGAAAGGUGGUACAUUGAAUUGUGGGAUAGCUGCCUGUGAACCAAUAGCUGGUGCCCAUUUCAUUCAUUCCUUCUAUCUCUGUUUCUCUAUCCCUUUGAAGGAGCAGAAUACAGAUCACUAGUCCCAUCUUCAGAUUCUAUCAGACUGCUCAUAUCACCUGCUUUCAUCUCCCCCCUACCUUUGAAGCAUUGUGACAAUGCAGAGGUGGAUAAGGCGACUUGCACAGCUUCAUCUGCCUCUACCUCUCUACAGACUGAAAGCAUUCAGGACAAUGGAAAAUUGGAGUGCCUUAUUUCGUGAAGUGUUUUUAAUAUAUAUCUUUUCAAGGUUCCUUGAAUGGUUAAUCUGGUGCGUAGGGAAGACGCUAUGAAUUUGGCUUAAAUUUGCAAAUCAGCUUAGCAUUGCAGUGUAAGAAGAUGUCGUCUGUGUGUGCGUGCGCGUGUGCAUGUAUGUCUAGACUCAUUGUUCAAGGAAAGCUUACUGUUUUUUUUUGGUUUUUUUGUUGUUGUUUUUUUUUGGAAACUGCGUCUGCCUGUUGCAUUGUGGGAGAAAAAGCACUCAGAGUGGAUAUUCUAGGCCGCUCAUGAAAUCCAAGACAAAACCAUGACCCAGGCAUUCCACUUGGAAGCAGAUAACAUUCCAGUCACAUUCCCCGGGAAAUGCCAGGGAUUGGACAGAUUCAUUCGGCUGGCAGGCGACACAGCACAGGAAACAAGACGGGGGAGCCCUCUGCAUUCCCUUCAUAUGCCAAAGAAUGCCACUGCGACAGUGUAAGGGCUGGGACAAAGGGUAUUUGCAAAUAAGUUGUUUUUACCUCCAUGGAGUGCCAGACCAGGGUGGGUGGGUUUGCACACAGGACAGCACGGAAGCAAGUUGAGACAAUCACAGAUAGUAUUUGAACAGAGCUGUUCUGUGGUUAUCAACUUUUUAAAUACUAUCCAUCCCGUCUUAUCAUCACCUGUCUGUUGCUGUAGGAAGGUUCAGCCAAAUGCUUUAAAGUACUUGCAAAUACUAUGACACCUAGGUGUGGAAGCUUCAUUGAGAAUUCAUUUGUACAGACCACAAAUUAAGUCUUGCAAACGUUAUCACACACUUUCAGUUUCACAGAUCUCAAAAUUUACAUUUUCUUUCCCAGAAAGAACAAAAUGCACUACUUUCCAGGCUUUCAUUAGUUCCUUUGUUGAAUUCUUGAACUAACAAAAACCAGUGUGCCUGUUCUGGAUGUGUUAACUUUCUCCUGAACCAAAUUUCAUGUCUAUAUAAAUAUGAGCCAGGAAAAAAGCCCUGAAGAACACCUGAUGUGAAAGACAUUUUGAGUCCUUGCAGAGGGAGGACUGGACGGUUAAGACCUGUAGCUUGGAGACAGUUUGCGUAACUUAGUAAAAAUCAAUGUCAGACAGCUGUUCAAAGGAAAAACGAUCCACAAACCAGCAUCUCUGAAGGUCACUCAUUAACACAUUAUAGUUGUGUUUAAUUCCAGCGACUUCUGGUCACUCAUGGUCGUCACUAUGAGGUUGCCAGGCAACUAGUGGAAGCUCUUGGAAGCCACUGCUCCUGGCCAAGAAAAAUCCCCCCUCCUUCUCCCGUAAACAACAAGUCAAUGCUCUUAUUAUUAAGCUUUAGUGCAGAUUAAACUAACGAGACAUGAUGUGGUAAUUAAUAAGCUUUGGAGGCGCUGGUGGCUGGAUUGUUGUUACAUGUAAACAGAGCCGGGCUCGCUGUGUGCCUGAGUGCUAUUGAUCUUUUCAUCUAUCUAAUGCGAUAAUACUCCUAUUCCCAAAUUGUCCAACUAUUCGUCGAGGCUGCGACAGGUAAUGUGCAUUCAAAUCAUCUCAGUAAGGCUUUGCAAAGACGAGAUCAGCGGUAGCUCCCUCUACCUUUUUUUUUUUUUUGACCUGUGAAAGACUGUGAUGUGGUGUUGAGAUACAAGCAGUACAACAGGCCGGAAUGCACCGCGGCACCACUUGGUUCGCAAUCAAGAUCAUCCUACAUGCUAAAUAUAACAUGUUCAGGCACAUUCUCAGGGUUUUUUUUUUCUGAAAUCAUCUUGGGAAGGUUGAGGGGAAGUCGCUGGAGUGUUUUGAACAGACUGUUAAUGCAUUGUUGUAUCCGUUUUUUGUUUUUUUCAAUGGUAGCAAAGGCUGAUCCCGUCAAUUAACAUAACUAGUGUAGGUCAAGCAUGUAAGCAACUGAAAGAGACCCCCUCUGACUCAUGGCGCAAACUCGUCCCGCCAACCGCGGCUUCGCUUAAACAUCACGACGUGCGAACGCUGGAUCGGCUUCAUCGCUGACACCGUGUCAUUGGAAGACAAUGCCGGCUUUGUUCUGCUCAAGAGUGAAAGCCUCGUCUCCAAAGGGGGAAAAGCUUUGUGAUUAGCCUAAUAAUCCUACUGACGAACAGAGGAAGCUGAUAGCGAUAAUUAGCCUCUUGAUAAGAGCAGGGAGCAUUAACAAAGCGUUCAGAUAUUUGGUUAAUUAAUUUGCCCCGACGUUACGAAAAUACCCUGCAUACUCCGGGCAAGGUAUUGAGUCGCCUUCCGCACCAGCUUACAUCUCGAUUUAAGCCGUGGCCUUUUUCCUUGUUUCAAAGAGCCGUCUGUCCUCCCCUCUUUUUCUCUCUGUUGCCACUGGCUACAGCUGCUGACUGGACUUCUUCUUCAUCUUCAUUGUCAAGGCUCACCUUUUUCUGCCUUCUCGCCCCUCAGGUGGUGUGGGAGAUAGUUUUCUUUCAUUCAUUUUCUUCCUUACUUCCCUCUUUGCUUGGCUGCAAAGUUUUCUUGAGGGCAGUUGUGUCCUGACACUGCAGAGCAUUCGGGUCAGUAACAGCCAGGUUUUUUUUUUCCUGCGAGGGGGGAGAAAGAAAUGGCAUUUGUUCUAGGACAGAGUACAUUUACAGAGGAGUGCUCAUUUUAUAGAGGCAAUUCUGUUUGAAAUUGGAAUAGGAGUUUUAUUGUGUAGUUCUUUUGCACGUUAAUGCGUGUGUUCGUCGUCUGCGGCGGCAACAGAACAGACGGAGCCUGUCGAUUCUCAUUCUAAUUUUUCAAACGAACUAGUUUGUCCUCAUCUGAAGGCAAAAGUUUUAUAGCUGUUCUGUACGGCUGCAGUCGGGGAUGGUUGUGAAAAGCCUGCCGUCAUAGAGAGAGGGGUGAGAUGUGUCAAUUUAUAUAAAUGGGUAUCGCACACUGUGACUCUUCUAGAAAGCAUUUGCCUAGUAUUGCAAUUUGAAAACCGAUAGAAGUGGUUGUGUCAAGAAGGAGAAAAGGGAGCUUGAGAGAGUUCAAACACUGCCUACUGUCACACCUCCGCACACCUGGCAAUUGCUGAGGAAAGUGGGAGUGAAUGUCAAAUUGUCUGUUUUAAAAAAAGAUACAAAAAUUGUCGUAUAAACCCCUUUGGAUUAUGAAUUCGUAAAGAGGGAUCUAGAUUUGUGAGAAACACUUCUUCUGAACCUGUUUGAUUUUCUACCAAAGCUUAUGCAUAGACAAGCAGCUGCUGGUUAGCAUGCACCUGGAGUGUUCCAGAGGUUUACCCUUGAGGGGGACAAAGAGUAAACCCAAUGCUCUGACAAACAGGAAAAACACAUCGGCCACCACUCUGACUCUGACAGGAUUACCCAAGAACUGGAAUUUUGCUUGUCCAAAGCUUGAUGUUGACCUCUGGUCUGAUUGAACAACUCACCUGCCAUCACCUGGACACGAGCACGAUGGAUCUUCUUUGUGGUGAGCAAACCUAAGAGGUUUAAUAUAGAACUUGUCUCUCUCAGCGGCGCUCCCCUACCUUCCUCCGCUCUCUUAUCCCCACCACCAACAUUUUACAGACAUGACAAGUGAUGAGUUAUUGCCUCGUCUCUUCGUGUCAACACACAAAGCCACGAGAGCUAUCUUCUGAUAGUCGUUACGCUUGGGUAGCUGUUAUUGUCAACACAGCUCUGUGAGCAAAAAAAAAAAGAUACAUGAAGGAAAUUGAGAUGAUUGAAACGUCUGGCAGAUUAUUUCUGUCACGGAUUCUCUCUGUGUGUCAAGUAUCCACUUCAACCUGCCACUCAUGCCUUGUCUGUGUGUUCUCUCACUGCUAGACUUUAAUUUUCCCCCAGACCUGAUGUUGAAAAGCACAUUUUGUAAUUGACUGCAUAAACUAUUACUUUCAAUAACAGGAGUCACUUUGGUUUUCACAAAUAAUUACAUUAUUACCUGUAUUCAGAGUGGGAAUGUGUUCCCCCCUCUGGUAAUAACUUUUCGAAGUAGUUCAUUUGAGGUAGUGAGAAACCUCCAUCCCAUAAAGAGACCCAUGAAAAUAGGUUAGAAUACUUAGAGCACCUGCUUACAUAAACAAAAUACCCCGGCCUCAUCUGUUAAAGUGUAAUCUGAAUCUGACAAGUGUAUGCUAGCUGAGGGAAUAAACAGGGACACAUUUUUAGGAAACACUUUGUGGACAGGGAUGUCCAAUUCUUGGUUUUGGCUGUCAGAUUUAGGAACCAUAGCUGCCAUUUGUCUGCCGGAGCUGGCAGCAAGCACUCCAAUAAGAAAGUCCUGAUGAGUUGCUUGUGACGCUCUGCUCUUCCAGGCAUCGCCUCAUCCGUCAUUGCAAAUCACUGUCCUGAGAACAUACUGACAAGGCGAGUGGAACCGAAUUCUCCACAGGCCAGACUGAUAUCUGGCCACCGGUGAUCUGCUUUCAGGCCCGCUGCGGCGGGGAGCAGGCGCGAUUUGAUGAUCUUAAUUCAAAGUUCAAGCUAAGACCAUUGCCCUCUAAUCAGCGAAUGGCAAAUGGUCAAUACAUUACAUGAAUAAAAUCUAAUCAGACUGCACAAUGGAGAAAUCCGAGGCCUUGACCCUCAUCAUGCCAAGAGGCUGUUUGUGAGUGGUGGUUGUGUUUUAGAGGUGAAAAAUCAGAGCUAUUACACAGGAUAGAAUAAAUAAAAUGUUGCAAGCCGGUUGUUUGCAAGGAGUAAGAGUGGAAAGCGCUGCCUAAUUCAACCAUCCAUUGGGGUUUCAGCCACACUUAAACCUUUAUUUGGCUUUAUAAACAGCAGAGGUGUGCACAUGCAUACCUAUUACUUGAUUUACUGUGAUUAAGUAAUUGAUUCAACUGUAGCAGUGAAGAUUUAAAGACUGGAAUGGGACUAAUACUGGUGCCAGAGAAUAUAUAAUCCAGCCAUGUCUGCAAUUUUUAAAUCAAAAUUAGUGCAAUCGUCAAACAUCGGAGGUGAUGUCCUGAGUUAAUUCUAAUCUGAGUCAAACAUAAGAUGAUACAGAUCUUUACACGUACCUGUGAGGGCACCCCAGUGUAAUAUCAUUUAAAUGUCAAAUGAUUCACCACAGUAAUACCGUGCAAUAGUUGCAUCACUUCUAAGUUUAGAUUUACUGCAUUAGAAACACAAGCCUCACAGCAGGAACUCAAUGCAACAAAAGUUAGUACACCUUUCACUGCUGCUGUUUAAAUCUCUUGGUUUUUUUUUAAUACUUUGUAUGUGCACCUUUAGUUGUGGUGACAGAAUCAAUACUCCCUGCUCCGGGCUGGGAUGUUCCUUUUUUUUUUGCCAAGCUUCUGCAAGUUAUCUUGUCAGCCAGUGUUCUUUUAUAUCCACAGGCAUUCAUGGUGCAUAAGCUCCAUACAUCACACGCCCACCUCAGUGCUUCACUGUUGGCUCUGUGCAUUCACUGUGGUAGUCAUGAAAAGGUUCGUGCCAAACAUGCUGGACCUCAGAAACUCACAUAAGAAUCUGAAGCGUUUCCCUGUUUUUCAGAGCUCAACUGUACAAGUAGCUCACCAUGUAUAGUGUAACUUUAGCAUCAUGGUAACUGCGGCUCUGAUUAGUGGUCCAAAGCUGUUCACAGGUCUUUAUGAAACCAUGUUCAGUGAAUUAGGCUGAUUGGAAAUCACAGGUUUACUCAAUUGUGUCUCAGUGGCCUCAGGUAUCCUAACGUGUGUGUCAGUGAUUACAGGUGUAUUCACUUUUGUUUCAUUGGGUUCAGUCUUUGGAAAAUUUUCGUUUUUUAUAAGAAGAACUCAGAAAUAAUGAGGUGAUACAAUUUUGAAUGACUGAAUUAGUGCAGUGGUGGACUCACUUGUGUUCGCCACCUAGCUGAAGCUAACCUUUAGUUUAAAUUGUCAUUAACCAGGUCAGCUGAAACUUUAGAUUUCAUUAUAUUUAAAUUAUUUAGCUUGCUGUAUGUUGAAAUAAUGUGUUUAGAGGUAUAUAUUUUUCCUAGUUUUCAUAGUACAAGUCUUCCUUCUUAUUUGCAAAAUAAGUCAUGGUUCUGUAUCUCUAUAUGUAGCCAGUUUGACUUCAUUUCCAUCCUAUAGUUUCUGACACCAUGCAGAUACUUUGGUGUGAUUUGAUUCUUUUUUUUUUAUAUAAAUGUGUCAAAAUUGCCACCGGGGAAAUGAUAAGAAUCAAAGCGCAAUGUGUGACUGUGACAACACGGUGGCAAGUGAUGGUGGUGGAAGACUGAAUCUCAUUACUGCACAGCCUUCUGGGUAAACUAACCAAGCUGUGAAAUAGAAACUAUGAACUUUUGUUACUGGAAAGAAAAAGAACUCCUUUUAAUAGCCUCUAUGCCUGUAUUAGUCAAAGUAGAGGAGCGCAGUGUGCAUGUAAACAUACCCAUUUUUAGUGUUUGACGUGAAGGAAGUCAGCAAGUCAAGGCAGAAGUUGACUGUAUUUCUUAAAUUGGUGCGGCUCCAUUUAAGGCAUGUUUUUCUCCCUCAUGGGUACAGAGGAAAAUUGGAGAACGAUUCAAUAAGGCUGGAUGGAAAAACUCUGGCUGAACAUGUGUUGUAUUUACUUUUAUUGAUGAAAUUUUACCUUGGCGGGUCAGUGAAGAGUGAAUUCUGAAACGACAAAAUAGAUGGCCUGGCAUUUCAGUGGCUUUCACCUGAUUCACCUUUGCUGCCUUUGCUUGCUUGUGCUCAAUUAAGUGGAUGUUACAAAUACACCUGGUUUUCAGCCUCGUUUCAGUCGUCUUAUAGCGAGCUGUCAGCGCUGGAGACACAUUAUUGCUCGUUCUGGCUCGUAUUAAACUGAAACACCUGCCCAGGCCUUUGUUUGGCCUUAAUAGGCCGAGACCAAAUGAUCAAAUAUGACCUUUCGUCAAGCGUACAGGAACUGCACAUCCCAAUAGGAAUGUGGACAAAAGCCAUGUCUGCCAGAGCUGCCGCCAGGUGUGUAUGCGGUCUCUAAAACUGUGAAUAUUAUUCCUAAUUCUUUUCAGUCUGUGCAUCCAAGGUCACCAUCUGCUGUUUUUUUUUUUUCCCCAGCAACAGCGAAAACUGAAUCAAUAGGAGCUAUGAAAGAAAGAGCAAUUCUCUUCCAAGACUACAGUGAUGGCUCUUGCAGAAAGCUGGCACUCUGUUUAGAAAAUAAACAUGGAUUUUAUCUAUGAGGUUAUUAAGUCCAAUGCCCACAUUCUCAUCCCCUCCCUCUGCUCGACAGCAUAAAACAGCCCCAUGCUUGUGAUUAUUGUUCUGUCUAGCUAUUGACACUCAAUUACCUUGUGAUCUUCCUCAAAUAGAAACCGUUCAAUCUGUAAAUUUCUGUUUCUGGAGUGCUGAAUGAGUGUGCUGCAGAGCAAUUGGUUGAGUAAGCAGCCCUUGUGUCUCAAAUAUAGAAAGUGCGAAAUGAUUUAUUGUUGUCUGCUCAACAGUGUUUGCCUAUAAAAGGAUUAGCUGGGUUUUUUGGGGGGCAUUUUU